GCCAAUAGUUAUUCUACUAAGGAAAAUGUUCAUAAAGAUUAUGUCGGUGUUCAGUAAACUUAUGCUAAUGCAUUGGAUGCCUGGGCAACUCGAUGACCCGAUUUAUGUGUUUCAAAUACAAGUCGACUCCCUUGCUAGCAUUUUAAUGUCCUUCGUGUGGCAAGAAAGUGAAGUCUGCCGCAGUAAGUUGUUGGUUCCUAUUUUCGGCCAAGUGAUCUGACUUGCUGGUACCGCUCCUUGGAUAAUCAGUGUGAUCAUACUUGUCCAUUGCGAUCUCAUUUUUACAAGCCUCAAUAUGGGCACGAAUAAGUUCAUAACCACCAUAAUACGUAGCUACUUGACGCAGUUAGCGAAAUUCAAGUAAGAAAUGCGGGCCGAGAGUAGUAAAGCGAAGAGACUUCUUUUCACAGGAAGUUGAAAAGCCAAGAAGUUGAAAGGCUACCAUGAAAUAUUUUGUGGAGUCUUCUUCUUGUCCCUAUUCCCACUGCCUCGAAGCAGAACGGACAAAGCACCCAUCUUUUUGUCUUUGCCAACGCGAAGGUUGCCAAGGCUCCCUCAUUUCUGUCAUAUUGAGAAUGUGUCAUCGUUCUUGAAAUUAACAGAGCAAGAAUUCUUGGUCCAUAUCGAAGUGGAGAAAACCUUGGUUCUCACUCUCUCUUAGUUUCUAUUAGGCGAGUUAAACUAUGAAUUUCCCUUCUCAAAUUACACGAAUUCCCCAUCCUAAGCCGACGACGAGUGUGUGUCCAGAGGAACAGAGAAGAUCGAUUCCAACAAGAUGGGUUUGGAAGCCGACGAUUCUUCGUCUCCUGGGGAAACGGUGAUGGUGGUGAUGGACGCCAACAGGAGCAGAGGGAACGUCCAUGCUAUUGAAUGGGCUCUCAGGCACGUCGCCCGACGAGGGCACACUGUUCUUGUUCUUGGCCUCCUCUGCGAGAUUGGCAAGCGAGCUUCCUGCUUUCCUUUUCACAUGGGGGAAAAACUAGAGCGCUUAGGAGAAGGGGAAGUGGAUCCCACGGAGCUUGAGGAAGAGAUUGCCAGAAAGAGGGAUGAAUACAAGAGUUGUCUCCAGCCAUUUUAUCGGCACUGCAAGAAAAAUGAGGUGAAAUUGGAAAGUAAAAUUGCUGCUGGAUUAUGUCCAAGAAAAGUAACAGUUGACGAAGCACAGAGCUGUAAUACUUGUUGGAUCAUCUUAGACAGCCAUCUCAAGAAAGACAAAACCUACAUAUAUGCGCAUGUGUGCUGCAAUCUUGCGCUAGUCAAGGGCAAAGAUGUGGUGACUUUAAUGCCAUCGAAAGUAAUCCUGCAGAAAAGUUCUUUGAAGCAUAGACGGGUUGAUGAUGCACUUCUCUCCAAUGAACCUAUUACAGAUGACCAGGAAGAGAAGUCCAUAACACCUCCACCUAAGACCUGCUGUUGGUACCCACUCGCAUGGAGAACUGGCUUUCCUCGAUAUUUUACUCAGAGUGAGCUUGAAGUGAUAACCAGUGGUUUUUCCGAGGAGAAUAUUGUGCAAACGCAAGAUAAUGUAAAAGUGUAUCAAGGACAAUUUCAGGAAACACCUGUCCUGGUAAAUUGUUUCUCGCAAAAUGAUGAGCGUUUUUGGUCGAUGCUGAGGAUCCUUUCCCGUGUACGCCACCGGAAUAUCUUGAAUAUUGUUGGGUACUGCUUCACGGGUUCUUCCAUGUUCUUGCUCUUCGACUUCCCCUUUAUGGGUACUUUAGAAAUCAACUUGCAAAAUGACGAUUUGGCCGAAAAAAUACUAUGGAAAGCAAGAUGGUACAUAGCGGUGGAAAUAGGUGCAUGUUUACGCUAUCUUCACGAGCAAUGUGUUGAUGGACUGAUCGUGCAUCUCUCUGUCUGUUCCAGUAAUGUCAUCUAUCCUCUUGGUGGCUCUGCAAUGCUUGCAAACUUCAUGACUGCCAAGUGCCUCAAGGACGGUUCUCCCGGAGAUAAUCAAUCAUUGACUCACUGCCUGAACUUGCAAGAAGAUGAUGGCAUUGCUAUCGAUGUGCAUGACUAUGGGAUUUUCCUGUUGGAGCUCAUAACAGGAAGGAGUGCCCGAUGUUCUCUGGACCCCGACAAGGAGGAUCUCAUUGACUGGGCUUUACCGGCAAUAGAAAAAGGUUCUCUGAGUGAAGUCAGAGAUCCGAGACUGACAGAUACUACUGAUGAUAGAUUAAUCCACCAUAUGGCUCAAGCUGCUUUGCUCUGCCUGCAAGAUUUAAAUCGCAGAAUCUCCAUGAGUGAGGUUUUAGCCGUGGUUCGAGGUCAUGAGAUUGCAAGACCCGGUUGUUAGGAUUUCUCGGAAGAAGUCUACAUGUGUCUCUGUGUCAACAAAUUCUCGUGAGUGUAACUACGAUCAAUGACUGGUCCUAUUUAGAAGAUAAACAGGAACCCUAUUGGGGGCAGGAUUGAUUUGGAUGAACCUUUGCUCCAAAUCAAGAAAAACAAAUUGCUCUUGUCAUGUAAUAACAAAGAUGAGAAUCACCACUUCUUUCUUUCCCUUUGCUCUCAUCUCCAGGGCAUUCUUGCAAUUCUUAUGGAACUUGUAUGCUAUUCAACGAUCCUGGCUCAUCAAAUCAAACGCUAAAGCUUACCUUUU